AUGUCCCCAACGUUAUCUAUCCAGGGAGAAAUGUACAUGAUACCACUUAUCCUAGUUUCCGUUGAGAGCUUCUCAAAAUUGCUGAAGAAAGCCUUCAACAAUUUCGGCGAUAUUUUGUUUAGCUUCUUAGCAAAAAAAGAUGAUAUCAAUAUCACAAAUGCUGUUGUGUCAACAGGAUACUCUACCCUGUGUGCAUGCGACGGUUUGAUACCAACGUCAAAAUCAAAUAGGGAACCUAUUGUUGCAAACAAAUUAGAAGCCGCACUCCUAACCUCCUCGUCAUUUUCCAAUAAGCCAUGGAAAACGAUAUUGAGAAGCUUGCCAUACAAUUGGGAGUCAUCAUCCUCUGAAUUUUGGGUAUCAACAAUUUCGAGAGCUGGCUUUGAGUUUCUCAACAUUGAAAAAUACAAAAAGCGAAGAACUUCUUGUCUGUGCGGCGAAGAUAUCACGAUCUCGUAA